UAAGAAAAUUUGUUAAUGUCGUCUACAACUAUGUCCACCGACCCCAUGAAGGUUGAAGUUCCACCUGUUCUAACGUUGCUGAUGCUUCCUAACGAGUUGAUAUUGAGCUGCUUGGCCCGCGUCCCAAGAUUGUACUAUCCGACUCUCACCCUUGUCUCCAAGAGCUUCCGCUCUCUCAUUAAUUCGCCAGAGCUUUGUAAGACGCGUUCACUUUUAGCUCGCACCGAGAGUUGUCUAUAUGUAUGGUUUCAAUUCCAAAAUGACGAGAACACACAUUGGUUCACUUUAUACCGGAACCCUUAUCAAACCGUCGAUGAUAACUCCCAAACGAAUAAAUUAGGUGGCUAUAAAUUAGUUCCAAUUCCAUCUUUAGAUUCUCCUCCCUCGGCCAUGUCAGUUGUUGCUGCAGUUGGCUCUGAUAUAUAUGCCAUUGGUGGAAGUAUAGAUGGCGUUUCUUCGUCUGGCGUCUUCGUCAUGGACUCUCACUAUCACACAUGGUGUAAGGCUCCAAGCAUGCAUGUGGCUAGGGUGUCUCCUUCUGCUAGCGUUCUUGAUGGAAAAAUUUAUGUGGUAGGAGGAUCCAAAAAUCUUGAUUAUACAAACUGGAUGGAGGUGUACGAUACCAAAACCCAAACUUGGGAGUUUGUACCGAGUCCUGGCGAAGAUAUAGACGGAAGAUUUGGAUACAAAAGCGCAUCAUUGGAAGGAAGUGUCUAUGUGAUGGAUAGGGCAAAAUAUGAGACUUUUAAGCUGAAUAAAGGUAGAUGGAGAGUGGCAGACCAAAAGUUGACUACUGGAUGGAGAUGGGAUUCGGGACAGUUUUAUUAUUGUGUGACAGAGAACGUGUUAUACUAUUAUAGUUCCAUAGAUCUCUGUUGGUAUGACUUUAUUGAUAGACUAUGGAGAGGAGUAAAGGGAUUGGAAGGAAGACUGCCUUGGUAUAGAAGAUUUAGAAAUACUUAUCAUCAUCGAUUGGCAGAUUAUGGUGGAAAGUUGGUGUUUUUGUGGAAAGAGGAUGUGCAUACUGAGAAUGUUCAAAACACAACAUUAGUUUGGUGUGCUGAAAUUUCACUUGAAAGACUACACAGAUCGGAGAUAUACGGAACAGUUGAAUGGUGUGAUGUUGUGUUUACAUAUACGACGCAAGUUGAUCAAGAAAAUACGACGCAAGUUGAGUUAAUGCAUGUUAUUGCUACUACUGCUUGA